UGUAAAAUAGAGAAUACUUUGCUGUGUUGAAGAGACAUCAUCUGAUAUAUAUAUAAAGCUUCAUUUAUUCAUUCAUUGUGUGAAGUCAUCAUCGUUAUGGCAACCCUUUUCAUGGUUCCUUGCCAGCAUCAAUUGCUGAAGAAGUUGCAGAGCCAUUGCCAUCCAAAGCCAGCAGCACCAUCAAACUCCAUUAUUAGGAGUGAGAAAAGUUCUUCAUUCAUUUUCAGAAGCAAUGCCAAUGUUCCUUUUCAUGAACUUCCUGGGGCUUCCUUUGAUCAAUACAUGGAUGACAAGCACAGAGUUCUGAGAGCUGUGUUUUCUGGUGACAAAGGAACAACUAUACAGAUAAAUGAGGAAGAAUGG